AUGGGAGAUUCACUGUUUGAUAAUGGCAAUAAUAAUUUACUUACCACACAAGCGAAGGCUAAUUAUCCACCUUAUGGAAUUGAUUAUCCAUAUGGUCCUACCGGCAGAUUCUCCAACGGUCGAAAUAUUGCAGAUUUCUUAGGGGAAUUCUUAGGUUUCGACGAGCCAAUUUCACCAUUUGUAACUGCAAGCGGCUCGGAGAUCCAAGAAGGUGUAAAUUAUGGAUCAGGUGGAGCAGGAAUUCUCGACAACACUGGACAACAACAGGGUGAUCGUUUCAGCUUGAACAAACAGUUGCAAAACCAUCUAACUACAAUAUUACGCCUUGCUCAUUUACUUGGAAGUAUGGGUCGAGCCAAACAACAUCUCAGGACGUGCCUGUACAAUGUUUACAUGGGAAGCAAUGACUACCUUAACUACUACUUGUUGCCACAAUUUUACUCCCCUCGUAGAUUAUAUACACCACAAGCAUUUGCUGAUAUCUUGAUUCAACAAUAUUCCCAACAACUAAGGGUCAGUUGCAUUCCAUCAGUGUUGGCCGUGUAUCCUCCUACAAGUGGAUCCACAUGCGUUGAAUCCAUUAAUGAUGCAGUUGAACUAUUUAAUAACAAGUUGAAGUCACUUGUGGACACCUUCAAUAAAGAUCUAAAUGAUGCAAAUUUCAUCUAUAUAAACAUCAGUGGCAUUUCACAAAUUUCGCCCAGAGAUAUCUCCGCUCUUGGUAUUAAAUUUGCCAAUGUCUCGUGCUGCAUAGUAUCGAGAUCCAUUUCUCAAGGACAGUGCGCGCUCGGAAAAGUUCCAUGCAGUAAUCGGAGUGAAUACAUAUUCUACGACAAUUUUCACCCUAUGGAGAUUUUUAACAAGCUCACUGCAGCAAGAGCGUACAAUGCGACUUUACCAACUGAUACUUACCCAAUAGAUAUUCGUCGUCUUGUUCAACAAUAA